UUCCGUGAAGCAUCUACCGUUGCGACGGUGGUGAUUCCGAUCACGAAUCAGGAUCGACGGACGACGCGCGGGGGCAACAUCAGCUGCAACAAGUUACAGGCAGCGCAUGGUUGGAUGGAUGGAUGGUUGUUCUUUCCGGAGACCUAUGUUCUUCGCAUGGUGAUCACUGCCUGUCUGGCAGCGCCUCCCAUCUUUCCCUUCUGAACUCACUCGCGCACGGUACGUGAGACGCAGAGUGGCUGGUCCAAUUUUGGUGUACUGUAUGUGGAUCUCACAUCCGUCCGUGCUCUGUACAGGUUGUUGAGACGGGACGUCAACAGAUGCGCAAUCCGAUCUACAAUCCUCUGAUACUUCUCGCCACGCUCCUAGCCAACAAUGGUCUUGCUACCGCACGAUUCCGAUUAGGACAUGCGCUGGGAGGGCACGGUGUGCGGGAUGACACCCAGGCGCUCACGGCGACGCCGUCGGUCGGCCAGUCCUCGACGACCUCGACCCGACUAUUUUUCUCCGCCUCGACGAUGUCUGUGCUCGCCUCGCUGCCGGCUACGUUGGCGGUAGCAGAGCCCUCGGUAUCAGUGACGUCUACGCCCUCCCUCGCAGCGACACCUGCGGGUGCAAAUAACAGCACAACCCCAGCGCCGACCUCGAGGUCCGCGCAACCGAAGCUGCUGCUGCUCGAGAUCAUUCUUCCAGUCGUUGCUGGGUGUGUGCUGCUGGGCCUGGCGCUGUUCGUCGUGUGCCGUCGCCGGCAACAGCGGGCGCAUCAGGAGAAGAUCCGAUGGGCAGGCAGCCGUCUGCCGGAAAUGGAUUCCUCGCCGACAGGGCUGUGGUCCUUCUGGGGCCCGUCCUCCUCCCCGCCCUCCUCCGCCGCCGCUGCCGCCCGUCCUCCGCCGAGCCCAGCCGUGCCCGUGCUGGCUGAGAAACCCGAUGUUAUUCCGGUGAGACCUCCGGCACCGAGGAUUGCAUUCGACUCGGGCGCUCGGAACCCCACUAUGGACGCCUUGCGCUCGGGGUGGCACGACGACGAAGACGAUCACGAGGAGCCGAAUGUGCCAGUGUCGAACCGCAGCUCGGAGGUCCCCUCGCGCUCCGAGGCGAGUGUAGUGAACAUGGCGGACCCUAUCGCGCUCGCGCCCGCCGAUGACUCUGAGUACCUGCACCCAGGAUGGGACGGGGACUCGGACAUCCAUCACCCCGAUAUGGCUGAGCGGGAGCUGGAUAUGGACAUGGACAUGCAUCUGCACCCGUACCACGCGAAUUCCUCCCCGGCUGUCGACCACGACGAGCCUGCGAUUGCGGAGUCGCGGCCGGUGACGAUGCUUCUGGAGGUCACGAGGCCUGUAGUAAGCUAGCGGGUCGUAGCGGGAGCACCAAGUAGCAUUUCAAGUAACUGUAUGUACGUAUCUUUAUUCGUCAAUGAAUCGGGAACAUGUGAUCAUGA